AUGUCAACACGCUUAAACGUUGUCGCGUCACCACCCCCCCCCCCCAAAAUCCCCAAGGGCGACAAGGAAGCCUACUUUAAGAGCAGCGAGCGUGACUGGGACGACAAUCGCCAUGUCGACGACAUCUUGGCCCUUGGACCUGAUGUCUGCGGAAGCCUUUGGCGAUUCAUUUUUGAAUACAAAGACGUCCGCUACGACGCAAAGAACAGCGCCAAACUGACAACUCAGGUCGUCGUCCGUCUAGCAAAGGCAUGCCCCAAGCUCCGGAGGAUCGAGCUCCAAGCUGCAACUGAAGUCGGCGAGGAUGCCCUCCUCGCUUUGUUCGAGAACUGUCCUGCCCUGACGUACCUUGAGCUCAGCGGCAUUUCCCUUGGGAACGACAUCACCGGAACGUCUCUUGAUGCCCUACGGGAGAACCCGGAGUGGGCGCCUAAGCUGAAGACGCUCAUCCUCCGUGAAAAGGAUGACAAGAAGGAGUUCAUGAGGGCCAUGCGCGCUUUGGGCAAGGAGAUACGGGCCAUGACAGUCACCCUGGUCAGUCGACAUGAAGAAAAGAAGUGGGGAGAUUGGGAGUUGGUGACGACGAAGCAAAACUACAAGAAGGGGCGCAAGCACGGCGACGUCUACGACGACGACCACUUCUGGUAG